AUGACGGUGGCAGUGCCGUGGAGCGAGUCGGCACAAGCCAAGGCUGCCCUGCUCAACAGCAAUUUCUUCUACGACAGGCGCAAAGUUCCCGCUCAGCCGUUGCCGGGCUCUCCAGUCCGUCGGGGACAGAACAAGUCGCUCUUGCAGGCACAGAGAGACCAACAAGACUCUCAACGCUAUGGCGGCUCAGCCCGUCGGAGAUCAGACGCUCCCCCGGCUUCUGCAGCCCGCCCAAGCUCAUUCGCUGACGGCAAUCAGUCAGCCGCAUCUGAGCUCGAGGGACAAGCCUGGCGUGGCGGCCAGGCGCCAACAAGGCCAGACUCGAAGAAAGCUGUCUCAUACUUCUUCCCCAAGGACGUAGGCGAGUACCAUUUCGGCGAGCGGCAUCCCAUGAAGCCACAUCGUCUCACUUUGACCAAUCAUCUCGUCAUGGGCUACGGCCUCCACCAGAAGAUGGGAGUCUACCAGCCCCGUAUUGCCGACAAAGCAGAGCUUCAGACCUUUCAUGAUCAAGAUUACAUCGACUUUCUAUCGAGGAUAACACCCGACAACGCCAAAGAGUUCGGCAACACACUCUCACGCUUCAACAUCGGUGAUGAUUGUCCCAUCUUUGACUCGAUGUUUGACUACUGCCGCCAAUACGCGGGCGCAUCACUGUCCGCUGCCAGACGACUAGCAGCAGGCACGACCGAUAUUGCCAUCAACUGGGCCGGCGGACUGCACCAUGCCAAGAAAUCCGAGGCUUCCGGCUUUUGCUACGUCAACGACAUCGUGCUGGGCAUACUCGAAUUGCUCAGAGUGCAUGCCAGGGUGCUCUAUAUCGAUAUCGAUAUUCAUCACGGCGAUGGCGUCCAGGAAGCGUUCUAUAAUUCCAACAGAGUCCUGACAAUGUCCUUCCACAAGUAUUCCGAGCACUUCUUCCCCGGCACGGGUCACAUGGACGAACUAGGCUCUCAACUCGGCAAAUACUUCUCGCUCAAUGUCCCCUUGCAGGACGGCAUCGACAAUGAAUCCUAUGUGGCACUGUUCAAGUCGAUCAUGGAACCCACCAUCGCUACCUUUCAGCCUUCCGUGAUCGUCCUGCAGUGCGGUGCAGAUUCGCUGGGCUGCGAUCGAUUGGGCUGCUUUAACCUGUCGAUUGCAGCCCAUGGCGAAUGCGUUCGCUUCAUCAAAGCUUUCAAUCUGCCAUUGCUCGUUCUCGGUGGCGGGGGCUAUACGAUCAAGAACGUCUCCCGAUGCUGGACUUAUGAGACUUCGGUCUUGCUCGAUGCUCACAAUGACAUCUCCAACGUCUUGCCAAUGACUGCUUACGAUGACUUCUUCGCGCCAGACUUCAAGCUUCAUCCACCGCUUUCAGGCAAGAUAGAGAACCUCAACACUCGCAAGCAACUCGAUCAGAUCCGAGUGGGCCUGCUCGAGCGCCUACGCUUCAUGCAUGGCGCGCCCAGCGUGCAAAUGUCAGUCAUACCGCCCGAGCUUGCGCCUUGGCUCGAUCAAGAGGAAGAGAUAGAGGCCGCUGCUCGACAGACAUCCGACGGGCGCAAGACCGACCAGCACAAGUCAGGCGAAGACUACUUUAGCUCUCAGACCGAUCAAGAUCAAGCGCCCGUCACGCCAGGCGACCGGAUCACGUCCGAUGCUGUCGCUUUCGAUGCGGCAGCAUACUCGAGCUCGGCACGCUUGGCUGACACGCCCCCUUCGAGGCGGAUGUCGGUGAGCAGCGUCACCUUUGCCAAGCCGGAUCUGGCAGCUCAGGCGAGUCCCACCGGUGAGUCCUUCGCCGAAGCACCUUCCAAGACCUCGCGACCGCGUUCCACGGGUAAAAGGCGCAAGAAGGUCACCCUCGCCGAACCUCUGCAGGAGCAGGCAGAGCCCGUCGUUUCUGGCACGAACCAAGGAGACGACGCUGGCGAUCCGUCCGAGCGUACCGAUAAUGCACCAGCUGCUGCAAUGCGUGAUGCUGACGAAGCUCAGACAGCAAGCGAGCAAUCAAGGAUAUCUAGGUCUAUAGACGCGAAAAGACAGAAAGGAGAGCGUAUAUUCGGCACCGAACAGAAUCGCCCUUUGCGCGAAGUCACUUCACGCAUAUCGUGUCACAUCAUAUCAUCACAGGAGCUGACUGACUUGCUUCCCUCUGCUCACCUCCAUCGCACGGACGCUUGCGAUUGA